AUGCCGCUCAUUGGAAGCGUGUCUCCGUAUUACGUUCCAGGAAUGAACUCGUGCGACGGUCUGGGAAGACUUUGUGGAAGCUUGUUAGCAAACCCGUCUAUCUACUCUAUGAUCACGGGUGAGCUGUACAACGGGUUCUACAACGCCAUUGCCUCGCUGGCCCAGGUAAACUUCGCAUGGGUUAACAACUCGUACUCGAUGCUCAUCCGGUCUUGUCAGUGCCACUUUUGCGAUGCAAAUUUUGCCCUCCUGGCUUAUCACAUGAAUCGCAAUAAAGACCCUAAGGGCAAAAAAUGCCUCAAAAUAAAUACCAUCACCGCUGGGGUGGUGCCGUUGGAAAGUAAUAUCCGAAGUUAUUACGUGGUCGGUUUGAACACCUGCGAUGGCCUGGGAAGGUUGGCUGCGCGUCUGCUGGGAAAUCCGGUCGCGUUCUCGACGCUCCCCGUCACGACUUACGACGCAUUUCUUCGAGCGUUGAACACCUUAUCACGGCUUUUGGACCUUUGCACCUUAGCCAUGGACCCUACGCCUGAGCAAGUGACGGUUUUGCCAACUGUUGAUGUAGGCAACCUAUUGGUCGAAGAUUUGAUGCCUAUUGAUCAAGACGAAUUCGACGCUGAUCCAGAAAAAUAUCUUUUGCAUCGUUUCCGGAAUAGUGUACAGAAGUUGGUUGAUAAACUAUGGCAGCCCCGGCUUCCGACCAAAUGGGAGCAGUUUGCCAAGCUUAAGGGAAUAAAGAAACGCAAGAAGCCUCGCUUAGUUUGGGACGAAGUUGCUAAGGAGUGGAAGCCACGUUACGGCUUCCGGAGAGUAAAAGACCCAAAGGACGACUGGUUAAUUCCAAUUCCAGAUCAGAAAGACCCGUACGACGAUUAUCUUGGUAAAAAAGUGGAAGCCAAGAAAGAAACGAUUGCCAAGAAUGAGCUGCAGCGACUGCGAAACAUUAAAAGGCGUUCAAUUACUGCAGGUAAUUGA